AUGGACAGUUCAGAAACUCAAAAUAAUGACAUAAAUACCCUUCAGAAGAAGAUUUCCGUUUUUUCAGAUGAAUAUAAGGCUAGGAGAAAACAGCAGAUGCUCAGAUUUGCUGGAGCCACAGCUUUAACAUUAAUAUGCGCCAAGAUGGCGUUUAGAGGAAUUGCUUCUCGGAAAUACGUUCCAAAUAUGUUUCAACUAAAUCACAAACGUCCACCAUUUUCCCAUCAAGGCGAAGCUUUGAGUUCAUUUGGAUUUGGAACUGGUCUUGCGGUUGGUGGAUUUUCAAUGCUAGUCUUUGGAACGUGCUGGAUUGCCAACAUAUCCAAUUUCCCCGAAUUUACGCUAAGAGUUCAAGAAGCGAUGGCCGAAUCAGGUACGCCAAGCAAAAAAUACUCAUUCAUGACCUUAGAUAAAGAGUCAAAGGAAGUGGCAGAAAUGCUCGAUUCACUGAUACAAGGAGGUGAUAAGAAAUAG